CAAGACCUCUGACCCACGCUUUAUGUAAAUAUUAGUGAGACUGGCUUAUUGCCGAUCGUGGAAUGUCGUUCUCAUCAAGAAUUGUUCUAACAAUUGUCGCUAUUGUUUCUUGCGAAGCUUCCGCGAAUGGCUUGGAACAGCUUCAUCCAUUCUUGUUUUUCAACGAGAAAGAUAUACCUAGUCUCCACGAACGCGCGCGAACUACUCACUCUGAAAUAUCUCAAAGGAUCUACUUGGCCAGUCAAGAGAUAACCAAAAGGCCUGAAUAUUAUUUACCACCUAAAGAUUGGGAAAGCUUCUCUAGUGCUUGGAACGAGUGUUAUGGUAAUGACCUUACUGCGUUAGCUUUCUAUUGCGUUCUCAAUCCAGAGGAUCUCAAGGCGACAGAGCUUGCAAUUCUGUUUAUGGAGCGACUUUCCAAUCUUCCCAACUGGCGCGUCGCCGAUUCAUUCCGUGACGAUGUCCCCGUAGCCCACUCUUUAACCGGAAUGGCGACCGCAUAUGACUUUCUGUACUCGCGUUUAAACGACACUCAAAGAACUAGGUUCUUACAGAAUAUAACGACAGUGACAGAGGAAUUAUACGAGAGAUCUUUCAAGCUUUGGUGGGGGUCUUCUUAUCUUCAAAAUCACGUAGCCACAAACUAUAUGGCGAUAUUCAAUGGCGCCUUGAUUGUCGCCCGACACAAGUUGUUCGAGGGGGAGAAAUGGUUGUCACGAGCUCACUUAAUGUUAAGUAGAAACUUAGAGCUAUUUAACUUCGUAGUGGACGGUUCCACUGACGAAGGAGUCGCCUAUGGCACUUACACUACACGUUCACUAACGCAGUAUGUGUUCCUUGCGUUACGCCACUUACGUGUAGACUUCACGCAUUCCCCUUGGCUUAAAGAGCACGCGACGUUUCUUUACCAUACGGUGCUCCCAGGGUUCAGAGAAACCGUUGGCUAUGGCGACUCCAAUCGGAACUGGUUUUACGGUCCAGAAAGCCAGCUAGUUUUCCUAGACAACCAUGUUUUGAGAAGUGGCUUGGGAAAUUGGCUGGCCAGACAGAUUAGACAGCACAAGGUUCAAAUGGCAGGAGUGAAAGUCUAUAGUCAAUCGGCGUCACACCAAAAAAGCAUGCUCCACACAGAGUUCUUAUUCUAUAAUCCUGACAUUCAAGAGAGAGCACUACCCAACCCAAGCAUGCCUCGACUCCACGUGUUCAGUGACUGGGGAGUGGUAACUUACGGGGGGGGAUUGGACAUAUCUCCCGGUAAUCAUUUAGGCGGUCACUGGGGUAAGAAAAGAGCAUUUCUUUCCUUGAAAUGUGGGGUGCUUCACGGAAGAGCGAUAAAUUCUCUUGCCAGAGGAAAACGCGUUCGAUCAUGGCUACGAGGACGGAGAAGUUUUAACCCUGGCCAUGAACAGCCGGACCAAGGAUCAUUUGUGUUUGCCCCAAAUGGUGUACCUUUCAUUACAGAGACCUAUUACGCCUACAAGUACACUUUCCUUAAUAAUGCUCUAGUAUUCGGUCCCUCUCAACAGUCAUCUUGCUACAAACCCUUUGAGGGGCAGAUAGGAGAAUGCAGUAAGUGGAUUAAUUUUCAAACAAUGGCAGCCUGGAGGGCCCAAGGAGAUAUUAUAUCUGCGUCAAGCGAAGAUGAUAUGGUUUUUAUAAGCGGAGAGAUGAGUGGGUGGUAUCGACAAGAACUGGGCCUUCUUAGUGUAUAUCGUUCCUUGAUUAUGUUGAAUCCAAGCGUGCUCCUCGUGGUCGAUCAUAUCGAACGCAAAAUAGGAAGUCAAGCAUCUGUUAUGAGCGCCUUCUUUCAUAACGUGGAUCAUCCCUUCAUACUCAAUGAGAGCAUGUCCAAAACACCCCAUGCUACCAUUUCCAUAGAGGGACUUUUGCACAGAGUUUACUGGUCAAACUUAGGGACCGACCAGAAGAGUUAUGCCAGUUCGACAAAUUACUCGUCAAGCUUCCAUUCCUUUCGAACACAUUAUCUAAAUAUAACAACGCCCUUGAACGUGCGAUAUACACGGACUGCGUACUUAUUUCUCGGUCCUGGACAUAGAGUAGACCAACUCCCACGAGUAGUAACUGGGCAUGAUCACGGAGUGAAGGUCUCAGUGAUAGUGAAUGGAGUUCGUUACCAUGUUUCCAUAGCAACAAAGCAUAAUCAACCUUACUCUAGAUAUGAGUUCUUGGAAUUUGGAGGAUAUUGCAAGGUUGAAGUUAGCGAGAAGAGAUCCAGGACUGUGCGUUUCGGUUUGGAUGUCAUGUCAUCUGCAGAGGAGGAAGUUUUAAUAUUAACCCUGAGUGAGACUAACUCGCAUACAACUUGGAAUGUUUUAUCCUCCUUGUUUCUGCCAUUCAUUGUUUCUAUUGUGUUGCUAUAUCUCUAUUUACAGCUUCGAAAAAAGAUGUUUCGACAAACUCUCUGUGAUAUGUUCGUGAUUUGUCUUGGGAUGUCAUGGUUAAUAACAAUAAUGGCUGUUCAUAUCAGUUUUUGUGUUGGUGAAGUAUGUGACUUAAAAAUACCCAAUGCGAUUGAAAGUUCCCGCGAAAGUCGUGUUCUCUCCGAAGUACAAGAGGUUCCACCGUUUGUGUUAUUCACAUCUCUACCUCUAGCAGGCGCGGAAAUACUAAGACACAUGUUUAAAAACUCUUCGAAUUUCUUCAAUGUAGAGGUUGGGAGAGGUGCAAAGUUUUUGGAUCCGUGUUCUACUUUUCAUCGUUUUCACCAUUCGUCUGAAACGCUUCGGGAUCGAAAAUGGUUUCGUGGUCUUGCUAAAGACCCGAAACGAGUUUUACCAAAAUUACCCCAUAAGCUUCACAAGGCUCUUCCAGUUGUCCGACUGUCGGAUCCCGCGUGGGGUUUGAAGUUUUCGUGGUUAUCAAAGAUCGUGGAGGAGAGAAUGCGUGCCAUAGUCGUGGUUAGGGACCCGAGAGGGUGGGUGAACGCGUGGCUUCGAGAAAUUCGCGUGGAUACUGAACUUCGCGCUGCUGUCCACGCCGCCUUUGAUACAGUUAAGAAUCUCAAGUGCUCAGAGAGGAAUAUGUCAAAUUUUGCCCCUGAAUUCUUUGAAAUGCAGCAAGCACUCAAGGAUCAUAGCGAUAAAAACGACAAAAACACCCUCGUGCAAUUUCUUGCCCAUCUCUGGGCCGCGCAGACGCAAGCGAUUCUGCGUGCCAACGCGCACUUUCAAAUGGGAGGCAUACGCUUUGUUCAAUUAGAGGAUUUGGUCCUAAAACCUCGCAAAACCGCAGAGGAACUUUCUCGCUUUGUAGGUGUGCCGCUUUCGCCAGCUACUGAACAUCGUCUACUUACAGUCGUUCGGACUGAGCAAUUUGGUUUGGGUUCCUCGAGGGAAUUGAUCGGCUCCAGAAUGGUCACGGCCUGGGAACAAGAACUGAGUGCUGAAAACAUCGUGAGAAUUGAGGAAAUUUGCUCUGAAGUAAUGAAAAAACUUCGAUAUGAUUUACCAGAUUAGGUAAUGCAAAUCAGAAAUAAGAGAAUAAGAAUGCUGUAUAACCAGUAAAUAUCUAAAGCCGAUAAAAUCAAAACAGCUUACACAGAGCGAAAUUGAAGAAUUUAGGUUUAAGUUUUAAAAAUGGAAAGACCGUGAAUAAAAUCCUUUCAUCAGAAAGUUAAA